AAAAGUCGGUCAGCCAGCGCGCGAGCCUCAGAGCCGCUCCGUCAUCAAAGGCGCUCCGUUUGCUAACCUUCCCGGCGCUUUACGGUGGUGGUGGUGCCUCACUUGAAGAGCGGAGAGCCCCCGGCAGUGUGUUCAACAGCGUCUCUGAAAGCCGACCUGAUGACUACCACCAACAUCCCCAUUACAUUUAUGGAUAUAGAUAACCACUCCUUCUACUUUACAGCGGAAGAUGAUGGUUUGGAAGAGGAUACUUUCAACAAAUCUGUUAAGUUCUCGGUACAUGAGAUUCAAAGUAUGGACCAAAAAAUCCUGACUUUAAACAAAGAAGAAAACAAAUUUCUUUUCCAAUGCUUGACUGAUAAGGAGCGAUGUGAGCACAAAUUCGAGUGCAAAUUCACCAUCCAUAUUUAUCAGAGCAAUAGUCGAGAGUCAAUUGUGGGGCGGCCAGUCAUGCUGUAUGCCAACAAAGGGGAGGAGAAGAUGGUGGCAUGCUGCCAUGGGAACUGUGAGAUUCAGGCUGAAGCAAUGAAACUUCCCAAUAAAGUUGAUGCAACAGCAGACAAAGCCUUGUUCUACAUGAAGGAACUCGCAUCAACUGACACGGUUGUGUUUGAGUCCGCGCUGUACCGGAAUCACUUCCUUGGAUUUCAGCGCGACGAGAAGAAUCCCUGGCAGCACAAACUGGUCUUGAUUCAGCAAGUGGAUGGCACAGAUUCCAGGAACGAGUUCCUUAAGCUUCCUCCGCACAGCUGUUGCUCAGGUGGUGGAGCAAAGUCGACGGGUUGAUCCCCCGCCCCUCCACAGUCUAAGUGUCCUUGGGCAAGACA